UUGUGCGAGGGAGAGCAAGAAAGCCAGGAUGAUUCCCCUGUCGGCUGGCGGUGUGUUCAGGCAAUACGGAGACGGCAGAUUCUACAAGACACCAGCACUAAAGGCGACACUAGUCGGAGUGAGCGCCUGUUCCAUCCUCUACCGCGUGCUAGCUGUCAGAACAAACUCUCCCAGGUUGUUGCUAUGGUCAGUGAGAUUGUGGGCGUGUCCGAACGCUGGUGUUUGGCUAGUGGCUGUGCUAAUCCUCAUUUUCUGCCGGCCCCUGGAGAGACAGGUCGGAGCCGGCAAGUUUACUCGUCACUUGUUCUCGUCAGUAGUCGGUGGACUGGUUUUAGCUGCUUCAAUAUAUGCUGGGUCUGUUUACAAUGACAACUUUCUACCUAUCCCUCCUGGAGCCAUUUUUCACGUGAUGACAGGGAGUUUGGCGUGGCUGUACUACUGUACAGUGUUCCCCCUCCACACCCUCACACCUCUCCCGUUUCUCACAGUCACCAGUAACACCAUCCUCUACCUCCUGACAGGAAUUGUUAGUCCCCCUCCUCUCUCUUUUUUCUCCUUACGUUGUCUUAGUAUGUGUUUAGCCUUCAUCUCCCCACUUCUUCUUACACUGUAUAUAACCACCCUUUGGUGUGAGAGGGUUGCAGUACUUUGUCUAUAUGUCUGUCUGUUUGUUGUCUGUUCUUCUCUUUCUUUCCUCCGCUUCUCUUCUUCUUGUUUCCCUAACCUUUCACUUGUCCAUUUCACUUGUCCGUUUUCAGUUCAGCUGUUCUUCACCUGAAGCAGGACUACUAACUUUCUGCGGACUGGUGGGAGCGACUAUUCAACAGGGCCUGGGCUCGCUGCCCCUCCCCUCCCUCCCACCUCGUCUCGUGACGUGGAUCUCACAUCUACUGGACACCGAGGGAGCUCCGCCUGCCACACUAUCUGGUGCCACACUGGCAGUACAGAGGGAGCAACGGAUGGACCAGUUGGAGCAAAUGAUGGCCUCGUUUCAACACAACAGAUUGAGGGUCGUCCUACAGCGAAACACCCAGCAGAGGCCGUCUCCCUCCCCUGAGCAGGUGGCUCAGCUGGUGGUGAUGGGAUUUCCUCAGAAUGAGGUUAGACAAGCUCUCGUCGCCACGGGCAACGACACAGCGGCAGCUGUUCAGCUACUAACGAGCAGGAACUUACCCCCACACUCAUGACCUUCUGUUCAGCUAGAAACAUUUUUGUCUCUUGUGUGUCUAUUAGCUACAUGUUAUAGUUUGUAUAUAUUCAUCCAAAACCAGAGGAAGUGUGUACAUCUCUGAGCUCAUGAAAAACUCUUGACUUGUACACACUCUAGCCUUCAUUUUUCUAAGAUGUUGUGUACACACCUUGACACAAAUAUCAUACAAGUGACAACUUAAUAUGUCACAUUGCCCCAUCAUGCCAUGCUGCGUUGCCGCAUCGCGAGGAUAGAAUCCAUUCGGGGGGACACGGCACGGAACGCCGCGAUGGGGCAAUGUGACACUUAUUGUGAAUCUAGCCUAAGUGUGGUUUGUAAAGGUCACAAGGUCACUUGGUACCUGGGUGAACUGCUGAGGAAGGUGACAGGUACCAUUCCCCACUUCCCACCUUCUCCCUCCACCUCCCACCACUCCU